UCUUCCCUUGGUCCCUCCCUCUCUUCAGUCUCCCGGACUCGAUUGCAGCGCGAGAGACGAGAUGGAUGGUCUCUGAACGUUUGCGAUCCAUCCAGUGGUACAUUAUAAUGUUUGAGAGCUAUCCAAAACAACGCAGUUGUGAAUUCAUCAUAAUGUGUCCGUGUAAGCUCGUAUACCUUACCUCAUUGAGAUAAAAUGUAGUAAAUGUUUUAUUACCUGAAUGGAUAUGGAAUGUUCAUGAAGAGCGCGCAAAGGAGUCGCGUUGAUUGAUUAAUCGGAUCUUGAAUAAAUCAAGCCUACCGUUUGGGAUGUUGGAUGCUGGCUCUGGCAGACAAUAACCUUCCAUGAGUUUUAAAGAGAGGACAGGAGACCCCCUCCAUCAGCAACACCAGGACCAGGAGAAGAACACAUUCAGCUAAGACCUUGAAAGAGAACACUACUGUCUACAGGACAGUGACCAAUGUGGUGCUACAGUACCUGUUGUGCAUACAGCAACAUUUGGAGCAGCCAUGAUGGAUAAACCCCCUACUGCUCUACCACACACCUCCCAUCCCACAAUAGAUGUGCCUUGAUGUCCCCAGUCCCUCCCCUCUGACAUCUACAUCCCCCUCUCCACAGCCCUGUUCCAUUCUGUCUACAUAAUGUCUCUCACAGACUACAAAAAUGAUGCCAUUCCUCAAAUGGACUACACAUAUGGCCAACUCUGCCCCAUGGAAGUUGAGAACUACAGGAAGAGACCCACAAUGCCUUGUUUGGACAAUGUAGAUGACGGUCACAUAAGCCUUCCCAGUGUCCUGGAGGUGAGGCGGGUUCCUCUGUGGCCAUUGGGCCCCCUGAGGAGUGUCACAAAGGUCAAGGUUAUCAGCUUCCUGCUCGGACUGACGUUGACCUUCCUCAUUAUGGCUUCUUACGUCUUGGCCUGGGAUAAAAAGGGUCUGAUGCUGACACCGUCACCUUUUCACCUCAGUACUAUAGUCAAUCCCAGCAGCACCAUCUCCCCUAACAUGUCCUCUACCAAGGACUAUGUCAACAUUAAGCUCCUGGUGAAGUGCAUUACAUCUAAACUUGAGUUCAGCCCAAGGAAGCUGCCUCUUCUGAAGGACGUUGUCAAUAGUGACUCUCAUUUGUUUUCCGUUAUUCCUCGUCAGUUCCUCCCCAAUAUCAAGAGUCCAUGCUGGUAUGAGGAGCUCUCUGGGAAAACCAAAGUGGAUCCUUACAGGAAAAACUUGUAUGCAGUUCGCUCCAAGAGCUUCCGGACUGUCUGUGACUACCUAAGGAAUCAUUUCCAGGAACACUUGUACCACAGCGACGACGACAAGCAAUACCGCCUGCGCUGUCUGCCAUAUUUCUACAUCAUUGGCCAGCCCAAAUGUGGCACAACGGACCUGUUUCACCGACUACUUCUACACCCGGAGGUCAAGUUCAGCACCAUGAAAGAGCCCCACUGGUGGACAAGGAAAAGGUUUGGUAUCAUCCAUCUUAAAGAUGGCCUCCUGGAGCGCUUCCUUGUGGAGGACUACCUGGACCUUUUUGACCUGGCUGCCUACCACAUCCAGCAGGGAAUACUCGGGAAUACCUCUGGCGACGACAGCCAGCGACACCUCAUCACAGGUGAAGCAAGCGCAUCCACGAUGUGGGACAACCAAGCCUGGAGCUUUCUCUAUGACGACCGGGUGGAUGGGGAGCCUCCUUUCCUGGCCCAGGACUUCAUCCACACAGUUCAGCCCGAUGCUAAAAUCAUCGUCAUGCUCAGAGACCCAGUAGAGAGGUUGUAUUCAGACUACCUGUACUUCAACAUGGCUAACAAGUCAGUGGAGGACUUUGACCAGAGGGUCUCAGAAUCCUUACAGCUGUUUGAGGCUUGUUUAGCAGAGAGCUCCAUGCGUUCCUGUGUCUACAAUACUAGCCUCUCCAAUGCCAUGCCGGUCAGACUGAACCUGGGACUAUAUAUUGUCUUCCUGCUGGACUGGUUGACUGUCUUCCACAGGGAUCAGAUCCUAGUUCUGCAGUUAGAAGACUACGCUGCCAAUCUGAGACUCACCAUACAUAAAGUCUUUGACUUCCUAAACGUGGGGCCUUUAUCUGAGCAGACCGAGGCAGCGCUCACCAAGAGGCCCAUGUCCAACACACGGAGGGCAGCAGACAGGAGCCUGGGCCCCAUGCUGCCCAGCACCAGGGACCUCCUCAGGGAGUUCCACCAGCCAUUCAACCACAAACUGGCCACAGUCCUGGACAACAAAGCCUUCCACUGGACAGAGACAUGAGGAAUGUCUCCAUCAGAGAUGGAUACAGUCCUGAGGAGUAAGUCCCCCAUGGUCCUAUGAGUCAUAUGAGAUGAACUGAUGAUUAAUGAUUAAUUGACAAGUUGAAUCAGGUGUGCUUGUCCAGGGCUACAACAAACGUGCAGUUGGGGGUACUCGAGGACUGGAGUUGGGAAACACUGCUGUAUGCCACUUGCAGUCAUUGUGAAAUAAUUCUGUAAGAAACAAUAUUGAGCAAACAGCACAAUUGAUUUUAUCAGAUGAUGUUGCCUUCAAUUAAUCUUUAAAAACAAACAUGAAACACCCUGUUUCUACAGCAAUACAAUGUUCAUUUUAACUACAUUAAAUUAAUUACAUCGUAAA